ACGAUUUUUUUAAAAUCCUAAAUUCUCAAACAUGCCCACCCAUAGAUUUCUUUAAAAAAGAAAAUAAUUAUGGAACACAAGAUAUAUUUAUAUUCUUUUUAUCAAUUUUGGUCAAGGAGUCAAAAGGUCACAAUUUCGUUUUUUUAAAAAUAUUUUUUUCUUGCAUUUUUCGUUCUCGUGUAGACAGAGCGAGAUAGAGCAAACGCAAAAGGGUAGGGUGAAACUCCGCCGUCUCCGGCGAGCUCCCUGCGCGUUCCAACACACGAUCACGGAUAGGAUCUCGGUUAGGGUUAUCACAGACACAAGCGCGUUCGCGAGGACUCAAGUUCGGCCGAUCUCGUUUACGAGCGCAUCUACGAGGACUUCAUUACAACAUGACGACCGCAGCAAGACCUACGUGGGCACCUGCUAAGGGUGGAAGUGAGCAAGGCGGGGCUCGGAUUUUUGGCCCUUCUCAGAAAUACUCUUCUAGAGACAUUGCAUCUCAUACAACGUUGAAGCUGAGAAAGGAAGGACAAGAAACUCAAGAAGAAAUUCAGAAGAGGAACCUUCGAGAGGAACUUGAACAACGUGAAUCAAGGCAUUUCUCUUCAAAAGAAAAGGGCUACAAUGAGGACAGGGAUCGUAGAAAAAGUAAUUAUCUCCUUUUAGAAGGUUCUAAAAGAGAAACCGAAGAUCGAAUUGUUCCACGUAGUGCUGAUGCUGAUGAUGCAGAUGUCGAUGUGAACAGUGAUGGCGAUAGUGCGGAUGAUGACGACGAUGAUGACGAUGAUGAUGAGGAAGCUCUCAUGGCUGAGCUCUGUCAGAUAAGAAAAGAAAGAGCAGAUGAAAAAAUCCGUAAAGAACGACAACAACAAGAAGAAGAUCUCAAAGCAAAAGAAGCUGAACUCUUAAAAGGAAAUCCACUCAUAAACCAGCCAACAUCAUUUAAUGUGAAGAGGAGGUGGGAUGAUGAUGUGGUCUUCAAGAACCAGGCCAGAGGAGAAACAAAAACUCCAAAGCGUUUCAUCAAUGACACAAUUCGAAACGACUUCCAUCGCAAGUUUCUUCAGAAGUAUAUGAAAUGAUAUCAUUGGAUGUCGUUCUUGUACCAUUUACUUUGUCUAAACUUUAAAUGGCUGGGAUUUUGUUAUUAUUAUUAUUAUUAUUAUUAUUGUUAGUAUUACUAUUAUUAUCGUUCGCUAAAAAAAAAUUACUACUCAAUUAUAUUGUCAUUGCAGUGUGCCUUGCUAUGCAUCUGUAAAAAGUUCAAUGGAAUUGGGUCUUCUGUAACAAGGCCCAUUGUGUUGGUCAUUAAAUUAUUUGCACAAGAGUUGUUUGGUACUUGGUACCUGCUCUUUUUAUGG